AAUCUGCUAGCAAUUGAGACUCACUGGCCUCUAUUCAUUAUCAGAACCAAGAACAACUCAGGCAAAAGAAGCAGUCAUUAAGAAUAAAAAAUUUACACACGAAAGAAACGAGAGAAAGCCAUGUUUAUUCCAAGCAGUAUUGGUGCAACAACUGGGACUUGAAGACUUUGCCAUCCAUGAUCAAAGCAACAAGAAGUUAAAUCCUAUAAAGAAAUCCCUUCACAAAAGCAACAAAUGGAGAUUGUGAGUUCCAUUGCAUCCAAAGUUUUCGAGCUGUUGGUUGAUCCCAUUGUGCGUCAGAUCAAAUAUGUGUUCAACUACAGUGGCAACAUCCACAAACUUGAAGAAGAAGUUGAAAAGCUCACGCAUGCAAAACAAAGGGUUGAGCACACUGUGGAGGAAGUUAAGCGCAAUCCAGUUGAAGAAGUUGAAGCUGAUGUUCCGAGGUGGUUUACUAAAGUGAAUAAUGUCACUGAAGAUGCUACUAAAAUUCUUCUUCGACAUGAAGACAAAGCAAAGAGGAGUUGCUUCAUGGGAUUGUGUCCUAAUUUGAUUAGGCGCCACCAGAUUAGUAGAAAAGCGAGCCAAGCUUUACCAAUCGUUGUUGAAGCCCGAGAAGAAGGAAAUUUUGAGAAAGUUUCCUACCGCAUCACACCACAGGGCAUAGGGGCAGUCAAAGGUUUUGAGGCCUUUGAAUCAAGAACAUCAGCCGUGGAGCAAAUCAUGAAUGCUUUAAAGGAUGCUGAUGUUAAUCUCAUUGGAGUGUAUGGAAUGGGAGGCGUGGGUAAGACCACGCUAGUGAAACAGAUUGCUGCACAAGUCAGGGAAUACGGAAUCUUCAAAUUGGUGGUUAUGGCAACUGUAACUCACAAUCCGUAAUUGAAAAAAGUUCAGCAAGAAAUUGCAGAUUGGUUAGACUACAAAUUUGAUGUGGAGUCUGUUGAGGUACGAGCAGCUCGGUUGAGUGAGCGAAUCAAGAGAGAAGAGAAAAUUCUCAUAAUUGUAGAUGAUAUUUGGGCAGCAAUCAAACUGGAGGAGGUAGGAAUUCCUUAUGGCCUUGAUCAUAAAGGGAGCAAGAUACUGAUGACGUCAAGAAAUCAAUCUGUGUUGUUGGAAAUGGGAGUACAAAGAGAUAUCUUGCUUGAAGUUUUACAGUAUCAAGAAGCAUGGAAUCUAUUUGAGAAGAUUGUGGGAGAUCUUAAAGAUUCCAACUUACGACCUAUAGCUAUCGAAGUCGCAAAGAGAUGCGCAGGCUUGCCCAUUUUAAUUGUACCAGUAGCGACGGGAUUGAAAAACAAGCAAAUGUUUGAAUGGAACGAGGAGUUGGAAGGGCUUAAAAAGUUUGAUGGCCAAGGAGAUAAAGCGAGAGUUCACUCAGCCCUAGAGUUGAGUUACAAAUUUUUGAGAGAUGAAGAGAGGUCUUUGUUCCGACUUGUAGGACAGCUCCCACCUCAGGGUGGGCACCUAAUUGACUUGUUGAAAUAUAGCAUGGGGUUAGGCUUGUUUAAUCAACGCACCACACUAAAAGCAACAAGAGAUAGACUACUUAAAGCAAUCAGUGAUCUUAAAAUGUCUUGUUUGUUACUGGAAGGCGACAACCAUGAACUAGUCAAAAUGCACGAUGUAGUUCACCGCUUCGCAGCCUCAAUUGCAUCCAAGCAUCAUCAUGUCUUUACUGCAACAUAUGAAACUGAGUUGGAGGAAUGGCCGAAUAAAGGCUUCUUUGAACAAUGCACAUCAAUCUCCUUGCCAUAUUGCAAAAUCCCUAAGCUUCCUGAAGUAUUAGAAUGCCCAAAACUCGAGUCAUUUUUUAUGUUUAAUAAUUCCUUGCUCAAAAUCCCGGAGAAUUUAUUCAGUAGAAUGGAAGAGCUCAAAGUCUUGGAUUUGACGGGAAUGCACUUGUCACCACUGCCUUUAUCACUUCAAUGCCUUGAGAACCUCCAAACAUUGUGUUUGGAUGGCUGUGUUUUGGAAGACAUUUCUGCAAUCGGAGAGCUAAAACAGUUGCAAGUUCUUAGCUUCGUUCGAUCUACCAUUGUUCGGCUGCCAAGUGAAGUAAGGAAAUUGACUCGUUUGCGACUUUUGGAUUUGAGGAGAUGUCAAGGACUUGAAGUGAUUUCGCCAGAUGUCCUAUCAAGGUUAGCCCAGUUGGAGGAAUUGUACAUAGGGGACGGCUUUGUGCAAUGGAAGGGUGAAGGACAUGAUGACCCAAGAAACAAUGCUAACCUGUCAGAAUUGAAGCUUUUGUCAAAGCUGUCCACUUUAGAGGUACAUAUCAUGGAUGCAAAUAUCAUGCCCAAAGAUUUAUUUUCUGAAAAACUGGAAAGAUUUAGAGUAUUCAUCGGUGAUGAGUGGGACUGGGACUGGCACGAGUACGAGAGAUAUGCUGAUUACAGAAGCUUAAGAACGUUGAAACUCAAGCUUAGUAGAAGCGCUCUGUUGGAGAGGGUAAAAGUGUUGCUGAUGAAAACUGAAGAUUUAUAUUUGGACGACCUAACGGAUUUAAGAAGUGUCCUCUAUGAAUUAGACGACCAAGGUUUUCCUGAGUUGAAGCAUCUCCAUGUUCAAAAUAGCCUUGGUAUUCAAUAUAUCAUAGACUGGAUGAUAAUGGGCCAUUCCACUGCUUUUCCGAGGUUGGAGUCAUUAUUUAUUGACAAUUUGCAUAAUUUGGAGAAGAUCUAUUAUGGGCCUUAUAUGGUGGGGUCUUUCAGCAAUUUAAGAAAAUUAAAGGUGGGGAACUGUAAUGCAUUGAGGAGUCUCUUUUCAUUCUCUAUGUUUAAAGGCCUUGGGAAGCUUGAAGAAGUGGAUGUGAGUAGUUGCGAAAUUAUGGAAGAGAUAGUAGUUGAGGAAGGUGAAGAUGAUGAGGAAAUUAAUUUGACACAAAUACGAUCCUUGACAUUGGAUAAUCUACCUCAACUUACAAGCUUUUGUUCGCAAGGCCAAGAGAAGGUGUGCUCUGCAUCCCAAAGAAAGCAAAAGGAAGCAGCAGUUGGUACAAGCUCUAAAGAAAUUGUAUGCGAGGACGAGAUUGAAGCUCCGUUGCCACUUUUCAGCAAAAAGAUUGAAUUCCCUAAUUUGGAAGAUAUCAAAUUGUCUGGGAUUAAUGUGAAAAUGAUAUGGCCUAAUCAACAUAUAGAAUCAUCUCUAUAUAUUGAAAAAUUAACGACCUUGAUUGUGGAUGGCUGUGGGAAUCUAAACUAUCUAUUCACAUCCUCUAUUGUUGGAAGUCUCGCACAACUCAAAACACUUGAGAUAUGUGAGUGCAAAUCCAUGGAAGAAGUAAUAAUUGCAGAAGGAGAAGGUGAAAUGAUGAGCAAAAUGCUAUUCCCUAAACUACACUCGCUGAAGCUCAAAGGUCUUCCAAGAAUUGUAAGAUUUUGCACAGCUAACUUAAUUGAAUGUCCCUCCUUGAAAGUGCUGCGGGUAGAUAACUGCCCUCAUCUACAUGCUUUUCUCUCUACUUGCACAAGCAAAAAUGUGGGAACUAGCAGCGGAGUUACACAAGCGAACGCAACUCUCUUUGAUGAAAAGGUGUGGUUUCCUAAUUUGGAGGAAUUGUAUAUUAUGCACAUGCAUAAGUUGGAGAUGAUAUGGUGUGAAGAACUCCUAGCAGAUUCUUUUUCUAGAUUGAAAGUGCUACAAGUACAAUAUGGGAAACAACUACUGAAAAUUUUUCCAUCUAAGUUGUUGGGUCGAUUCCUUCAAAAUCUAGAAUCAUUGGUUGUAAAGAAUUGUGAUUCAGUGGAAGAGGUGUUUGAUCUCCGGGCAUUAGUAAGAGUAAGCGAAGUACAUGUUGUAGAGCGCAGUCAAUUGAGAGCUUUGGACAUACGGGACCUUCCAAAUUUGAAGCAAGUAUGGAACAUGGAUCCUCAUAGGAUUCUCUCCUUCUAUAACUUACGCCAGCUGUAUGCUUGGAAUUGUCCAAAUUUGAAAAGCCUCCUCCCAUUUUCAAUAGCUCUAGGUCUACCACAUCUUGAAUUGCUUAGCAUAAAUGGAUGUGGGAUGGAGGAAGUCGUCGCUAAGGAGGAAAGAGUAGAAGCGAUUACCAUUAAUCCCAAGUUUGUGUUUCGUGGACUAAAGACCUUGGUCCUUCGCCAAUUAGAAGAAUUGAGGUGUUUUUAUUCAGAAAAACACAGUUUAGAAUGUACACAGCUAAAAACUUUACGUGUGUAUGGCUGUAAAAAAUUGAAAACUUUCAAUUCAGAAUCUCAAGAAAUACUUAUGGAUGGGCAAGAGAGCCAAUUGAAGAUUCAAGUUCCGCAACCCCUUUUCGCAUUUAGAGAGAUUGUUGGCAAUUUGGAGCAAUUAGCGCUAAACAACGAGGACAUUGCAAUGAUACAGCAAAGCCACUUUCCAAUAGAUCUCUUUUUCAAACUAAAAAUUCUCGUUCUGCAAAGCUUUCAUGAUGCUUCAGUGAAUUUGCCUUUUAAUAUUCUUCCAAAAUUCCCAAAUUUGGAAAAGCUUGUUUUAGGCAGCUGUUAUUUCAGAGAGUUACUCCCACAUGGUGUUGUUAGUGAGGAUGCAGGGGUUCUCUUGCAGUCGCAGAUACGAUUCUUAAAGUUGGAUUUCCUUCCUAAUAUAAGGCAUAUAUGGAAUCAAGAUGCCAACCUGUCCCAUUUCUUCAAAAUCUUGAAACCCUUGAAAUAUGGAGGUGCCAUCGUUUGACUAAUUUGGCACCAUCCUCUGCAACUUUCAAAAAUCUUACGACUCUGGAUGUGUGGAAAUGUCAAGGAUUGUUGAGCUUAAUAUCAUCUUCUACUGCUAAAAGUAUGGUCAAUCUCACCACAAUGAUCGUAAUAGAAAGCCAUAAGGUGGAAGAAAUUGUGUCAAACGACAGAAAUGAUUCCCAAUCCCAAAGUGAGAUUGUUUUGUGGAAAUUAAGAACUUUGAAACUUCUCUGCUUAAAAAGCCUCUCAAGCUUUUGCUCAUCAGCGAAUUGCGCGUUAAAAUUUCCGUCUUUGGAAGAAGUAAUUGUGACACAGUGCCCCAAAAUGAAGAUUUUUUCUCAAGGAGCCAUAAGCGCACCAAAGUUAAAGAGAGUAAAUUUGACACAAGAAAGAGAUAAAUGGCGUUGGAUUGGAAACCUUAAUUCCACUAUAAUACAAUUGUAUGCAGAAAAGGUUGGAUUCAGUGGCCUACAACAUUUGGAACUCUCUCAAUUUCCUGAACUAAAAGCGGUAUGGCAAGAUAAACUUCCAUUCAACUUCUUCUACAAUUUGAGUAGGCUGGUUGUAGACGAAUGUAUGUUUCCCUCUAGUUCUGUUCCCUCUGGUCUGCUACCCAUUUUGAAUAAUCUGGGUAAGCUUGAGGUAAGAAAUUGUGAUUUUAUGGAAGAAGUUUUUGGCUCGGAAUGGGAAAAUGCCAACAGUGUUGUUGGGCAUUUGUCCAAGUUAAAUGAGUUGGACCUGAUAAAUCUUCCAAUGUUGAGGCGUCUCUGGAUUGAGGUUCCUAACGGAAUUUUAGACCUCAGAAACCUUAAACUGCUCAAAAUCCACAAUUGUAGCAGUUUGAGAAACAUAUUUACUCCUACCAUCUGUUCUAGACUGGAGCAACUCCAAGUGCUUGAAGUGAAAAGUUGUGCCAUGGUUAAAGCAAUCAUCACAGAAGGCGUAGCGAAGGAAGAAUCUAUGGAGGAGAUCAUAUUUCCUCUACUGAACUCCAUUACUCUCGAGUCCUUGCCCAACUUAAUCACUUUCAAAUCUGGAAGUGGUACUGUGCAUUUUCCAUCUCUAAAAGAGAUUACUUUAGCUGAUUGCCCAACCACAUUCAAUUGUUCAUUUUUCAAGGAAGCAGCCCCAAAUGCAAACGAUGGAAUUAUUGAGCCAAAGGUAUUUUUUCCUAAUUUGAAAGACUUGAAACUGUCAUCAACUAAGGUCGAGAUGAUAUGGCACGCUCAGCAGUUGGAAAUAUGUUCUUAUACUCAGAAUUUAACUAGCCUGAUUAUUGAUGGGUGUGGUAAUUUAAAAUAUUUCUUAUCACCAUCAAGUGUUGUGCAUCUGAAAAGACUUGAGAUAUGCAAUUGUAAGAUAAUGGAAGAAGUAAUGGUGAGGGAAGGAUUGGAAGAAGAAAUAGUGACAAAGAUGUUGCUCCAUCAACUAGAGUCCCUGAAGCUUAAAGAUCUUCCAAAACUCACACGAUUCUGCACUAGUACUUUAGUUGAAUGCCCUGCCUUGAAAGAGCUGUGCAUACAAAACUGUCCUCAAAUGACCACAUUUGUCUCCAAUUAUGCAACUUCAAACAUGGCAUCCGGCAGUGGACUUGAAAUUAUAAGUCCUACUCUCUUUGAUGAAAAGGUUGCAUUCCCCAACUUGGAGCAAAUGCAAAUUCUCAACAUGGAUAAUUUGAAGAUGAUAUGGCACAAUGAACUCCAUUCAGAUUCCUUUUGCAAAAUGAAAGUACUUGAGGUGAAAUACUGCGAAGAACUACUUAAAAUUUUUCCAUCCAUGUUGCUGAGAGACCUCCAGAAUCUUGGGGAUUUGGUCAUAUGGAAUUGUAUUUCACUGAAAGAGGCGUUUGAUUUGCAAGAGCUGAUUAAAAUGAAAGAAACAGUGGCCAUUCAAUUGAGAACUCUGUCCAUUGCAAACCUCCCAAAUUUGAAGCAUGUAUGGAAUGAAGAUCCUCUGGGACUUGUGUUGUUUCAUAACCUAAGUUCAGUGCAUGUUAUGGAUUGUCCAAAUCUAAAAUUUAUUUUCCCAGCUUCAAUAGCUAAAAAUCUGCCACAACUCGAAACCCUGCAUAUAAGAAGUUGUGGGGUGGAGGAAAUUGUUGCUCAGGACCAAGGAUUAGAAGCAACUUCUGAAUUUGUUUUUCCUUGCUUAAAGUUCUUGACUUUUGGGGAAUUAUAUGAGCUCAAGUGCUUCUACCCAGGAAUACACACUUUGGAAUCUCCAAUGCUAAAGAGCUUAGCGGUGAAUCAUUGUGAGGAAGUAAACAUUUUUUGUUCAGAAUAUGAGAACUUGGUAGAAAAAAAUAAAGAGUGUCAACUCAUGACUCAAGUUCUGCAACCACUUUUCUCGUUUAGAAAGAUUGUCCCCAACUUGGAGCAGUUAACACUGUCAAGAAAGGAUGUGACAAUAAUAUGGCAAAACCAGUUCCCAGCAGACCUCUUUCGGAAACUCAAAGUCGUUGAGAUUCAUUGCUUUCAUGAUGAAUCUGAAGUUUUUCCCUUUCAUCUCCUUGAAAGAUUUCGGUGUAUGGAAAAACUUGUAGUGGCUUGUAGUCAAUUCAAAGAGUUGUUUUCUUAUGAAGGUUCUAUUGGUAAGGAAAAAUAUGCUGAGAUUCUUAGACAGAUACGGCACUUAGAAUUGCUUAAGCUUCCUGAUUUGACGGAUAUAUGGAACCAAGACUCCCAGUGGGACUAUGUUCUUCAGCCUCUGGAAGAUCUUGUGGUUUCGGAGUGUAACAGUUUGAUUACUUUAGCACCAUCCUCUGCUUCUUUCCAAAAUUUGACGACUUUGGAUGUAUGGAAAUGCAAUGGAUUAGUUGGUUUGUUAACAUCCUCAACAGCAAAAAGUCUGGUGCGGCUCACAAUAAUGAUUAUUAAAGAAUGUGAUGGGUUGAAGGAAGUAGUUGCAAAUGAGGGAGAAGAAUCGAAAGAGGAUAUCAUCUUUAGCAAAUUAGAAAGUUUGGAAUUUGAUUGUUUGCCAAGCCUCAUCAGUUUUUGCUCAGCAGAUCACAGCUUCAAAUUCCCCUCUUUGACAAAAGUAAUUGUGAAGCAAUGCCCUAAGAUGCAGGUUUUCUCAAAAGGAGUCUUAAGCACACCAAGGCUGCUAGGAGUAGAAAAAGAUAAUCAAUGGCACUGGAAUGGCAAUCUGAAUGCCGCUGUACAACAAUUAUUUGCAGAAACCGUACAAGAUGACCAAUUGGAUUAGAAUGGAAUACUGAGGCCUUGGUACAAUUGUUUGCAGAAAUGAAUGCCAUGGAACAUUGACCCAUCCAUUAUGUGCUCAAGCUGAAAUAAGGCCAAAGCUGGCUCUUUGUAGGUGAUGCAAGCCACAAAAUAUCCAUAUUCCUUAAAUCAAAUGCAGGUUGUCAAAGGGC